AUGCUCGUUGAUAUCGGAAGAGGUGGUGCCUACCUGGAGUCAAACCGCCACGUUCAUCGUGAUCUUGCUGCAAGGAACUGUUUGAUCAGCUCCAGAGCGCCACAUCCACAUCGGGUCACGAAGAUAGGUGCGCUGCAUUUCCCACCCGAACAAAACGAGAAUGACAUGGAUGAAGGUGAAUCGCUGCAUUAUCAAUGCAGUGCUUCGUAG